AUGGCGUGCCGCUCUUUAGGAGAAGACAUAAUUGCUUACUUCUCUCCGCCGCGGACUGUGGCCUUCUCCCCUCCCACACUGAGUGCCGCCAGCCCCACAGCGGUGUCAGCAGAGCCCAGAUUCCGCGGCCCAGAGACCCAGCCGCUGAUCCCAGGCCAGGUUCCCGAGGCCGAGCACGCCUUCUGGAAGAUACCUGGCAUGGAAGUGGGGGUGGCUCGCAGGGAAGGGCAUGCCGAGGUCAAGCCUGCCUGCCAGGCAGGAGUCCCCCCUGUGGAUCCUCACACCGUCGCCUGGCACCGGCUGUGGGCCCGCCGUGGGCGCCCAGAGAGCUGGAAUCUUAAGGAGCUGACCCCCCCGGAGCUGACACUGCAGUGGGGGGGCGGGGAAGAGGUGGAGGAGGGGGGCGCUGGAGCACUGGAGGCCGCGGGCUGGGUGCGGGCUGGGUGCGGCCGGGAGCGAGCACAGCUGGGCCCCCCCAGGAGGCUCCCCGCCCGCCUCUCCCUGCCCUGGCCGGUGAUGGACGCGCAGUUAACCGGCCUGCGGUUCUGCCGGCGGCGGGAAGGGGACAGGAAAAGUGCGGGGCUCUUCCAACCUGCAGUCCCAGGCCCCCCGGGCCACGCCGCCAGCCGGCCCUGGCUUUCCGCGCAGCCUCCCCAGGCGCCGGCCGACAACCCGCGGGCCAACGGGGUCGCACUGCCAGGGGCAAGGACAGCAGUGCCUCCCACUGCCCGGGGGGGCCACGGCCUGCAGAUGGACACAGCUGCGGCCUCUGCCCUGCUUCGGGAACUUCCUGGGCGCCGCCGCCUCCAGGGGUCCCAGUUCGGGGAGGAGACGCCUCUAAGCGGCACGUCCCUCGGGGGCACCGGCUCUCAGGGACCCUCGCGCCCUCCCGCUGUGCUGCCUUUCUCUGCAGGGCGCCGGGCGCGCGGAGCCCCUCGGGCCAAAUCCCCCAGGGCCUCGCGCUCCAGGGCGCGCCGCCGUCCCGCUCCGCAGUGCCAUCCGCCCUCCCGCACAGCGGAGGCGACUCCGAGAGGGGAGACAACGCUGCGGGCCGCCGCCGGCGGGCCACCUGCCUCGGGGCCGCCGUCCCGGCCGCAGGCGCAGGCCUGCCCGAAGCCUCCCUGCCGCGCGCGGACCCCCGGGGCCCCCGCGCCGCCCCGCACGGCCCGUCCGGCCAGCCCAUUGGGCCAGACGCGCGCCGCCCGCGUGUCCGCGCACCGCCAUUGGCCCGAGCCCGCGGCCCAGACAAAGGGAGCGGCGGCGGCGGGCGGUGAUUGGGCCGCGGCGGAGGGGGGCGAGGCGCGGCGGCCGGAAGUGGGAGGGGGCGCCGCGGGGGGAGGCGCGCGAGGGGAGGACUCCCGAGCGGAGGCGGGGCGAGGGCGGGGGCGGGGCGGGGUGCCCUGGAGGGCGGCGGCCGCGGGGCGCGGGGAGCCCGCCCGCCCCUCCGCCCCUCUGCCCCUCCGCCCCUCCGCCCAGCACCCCUCCCGCCCCGGGGCUCCUGCCGGGACCGCGGCCGCUGCCGCCUCCUCGUCUUCCCCGAGGGCUCCGCGGCCGUCUCCGGAGCUCGGCGGGGAACGGGGGAACGGGGGAACGCGGAGCCCAGGCCCGGAAGGAUGCGCGCGGGCCGGGGGCGCGACCUACGGCGAGAGCCCCUGCCCAGCGGCGGGAGGCGCCGCUCCCCGGCCUCGGCGCCCCGUUCCCGGCCUGCAGGGCCGCGGGGAACUUCCCCGGGGACGGCGCCCUGGAAGCUGGAUGCUGCGCCGGGACUGGAAGCUCCUCGCGCUUCCUGAGGACUUGACUCGGAGGGGUGCGUCGCCGGGGAGGGAGGGACGGGCCGCGGGGCGACCGGCCGGGCGGGGAGUGGCUUCUGGGGGUCCCCUCGCCAGCGGAGGCCCCGCGAGGCCGCCCUCGGAGCGCCGCCAGCUUCACAUUGUCCCAAGUCGUGGGUACCGGGCCGCGGAGAGGGGCCCCGACGACAGGAAAAGCCCCUCCGCUCGGCAGAGCGCGCAGUUUCGGUUUCCACCUUCCGGGGACGGAGACGAGGGGUUCCCGGCGCCCUCGCUGCGCGCGGCCCGGCUCGCCCCGGCGAGCCCGGCCUGGCAGCGCGUUGGAGGCGAUGCGGCCUGCGCGAGGCGCCGAGACCCGCUGGGGGGUCGCGGCUCCCACCCUAACCAGUGGAGGAAGCUGAGCCGGCCUGGAGAGCUCGGGGCCGCUCCUCGGGGUCUCUGGAAACGUCGAAAUUCCCAGCACCGGCUUCGGAGUCUCGGGCCCCCGGAGCACCCAGGGGGGCCGGAGGUGUGCCAGGACAGCGGCUCGGCGCAGGACCCUCCGCGGGACCCUGGGGACCGGGAGCUGCGGGGCCUGGCCACCGCGUGCGAAACGCCUGCGCUCCGGGACGACCGGCGCUCGCGGACCCGCUGCGCCCUCCAGCCCGGACCCCGUGCGGCCCGCGGGGAGUGGGCGCCAGCUCCAAGAACUUUCCAGGCCCAGCCCGCCCCCCGCCGCCUCUGA